GGCCCCGGGAGGCCUAGGCUCGAUGAGCGGGGGUGCCGUAAAGGGGCGUGGGCGGGUCACAGCCAUCGAGGGCCCCUCCCGGGAGGGCGUGCGAGGGGCGCCCUGCAGAGGGUGCGCGGCGGGGCCGAGCAACCCCUGACCUGGAGCCGGGCUGCGGGACCGCGUGGCGAGGCUGCUACAGUGCGACGGGUCCCAGCCAUGCCCAGCCUCAGAGUACGCCCUGAAGAGGCAGAAAUGGAGCCCUCAGUCCCUGGACCAUCUCCUUGGACCCCCAGAACACAGGCCUGUGUGAGUGAUGCUCCCGCUGUGACCCAUCCUGGAUCUGCACUUCAUGGUUCCCUCUGCUGUGGUGACGCUGAGCCAGAAGCCACCCCCCCUCACCAUCAGCAGCCAGAUUGGGACCCCAGGACUGAGGGCAAGGAGUUUCUUGAGAAGGAAGAAGUUUCUGAGAAUUUGGAAUCACAGGCAGAAACAUCAGAAAACCAUGCCAGCGACGUUUCCCAGACGCCUGAGCUUGGAGAACUCUGUGACGGUGCAUUAGAAAGAGACUGGGAGGUCCCUGAGGAUGAGAGACAGGUGCAGUCCCCCUGCUGGGAGGGGGACUUCACACCAGUGCAAGUGCUUCUCAAGAGCUCCUCAGGAGAGAAAGAGGUGGACUGUGACAACGUCAAGAGAGGCUUCAGUCUGAGCCCAAGCCCAGUGGCAUGUCAGGGAGCCCCUACAGAAGGGAGGCCACAUCCGUACGACACGCAUGGCCAGAGCUUCCCACGCAGCAUGGACCUAAUCAGCUGUGAGGGGCUUCACGCAGCCGAAAGCCCAUUCAUAUGCAACGAGUGUGGGAACACCUUCCAAGGAGGCCCCGAUCUUACUCAGCAUCAGACAGUGCACACUGGACAGAAGUCCUUCAUAUGUAAUGAGUGUGGAAGGCCCUUUAGCACACAUUCAGACCUCCUCAGGCACCGGCUUACCCACCGCGGAGAGAAGCCACACAUGUGUACUGAGUGUGGAAAGGCCUUCAGCCAGAGCUCCAGCCUUAAAAAGCACCAGAAGUCCCACGUGAGCGAGAAGCCCUACGAAUGCAGUGAGUGCGGGAAGGCUUUCAGGAGGACCUCCAACCUCAUCCAGCAUCAAAGAAUCCAUUCCGGGGAGAAGCCAUACGUGUGCAACGCCUGUGGGAAGGCCUUCAGGCGGAGCUCCAACCUUAUCAAACACCAGAGGGUCCAUACAGGGGAGAAGCCCUUCGAGUGUGACGAGUGCGGGAAGGCCUUCAGCCAGAGCUCACACCUGAGGAAGCACCAGAGGGUCCACACCGGGGAGAGGCCUUAUGCGUGUAGCGAGUGCGGCAAACCCUUCAGCCGGGUGUCCAACCUCAUUAAGCAUCACAGGGUCCACACAGGGGAGAAGCCCUACAAGUGCAGUGACUGUGGGAAGGCCUUCAGCCAGAGCUCAAGCCUCAUCCAGCACCGGAGAAUCCACACUGGAGAGAAGCCUCACGUGUGCGGUGUGUGUGGGAAGGCCUUCAGCUACAGCUCAGUGCUCAGAAAGCACCAGAUCAUCCACACGGGAGAGAAGCCGUAUGAGUGCAGCAUCUGUGGGAAGGCCUUCAGCCACAGCUCUGCGCUCAUCCAGCACCAGGGUGUGCACACGGGCGACAAGCCCUAUGAGUGCCGCGAGUGCGGGAAGACCUUCGGUCGCAGCUCCAACCUCAUCCUGCACCAGCGAGUUCACACUGGAGAGAAGCCCUAUGAAUGUACCGAGUGUGGGAAAACCUUCAGCCAGAGCUCAACUCUCAUUCAGCAUCAGAGGAUCCAUAACGGGUUGAAACCCCACGAGUGUAACCAGUGUGGCAAAGCCUUCAACCGGAGCUCAAACCUCAUCCACCACCAGAAAGUCCACACUGGAGAGAAGCCCUACGCGUGCAUCGAGUGUGGGAAGGGCUUCAGCCAGAGCUCACACCUCAUUCAGCAUCAGAUCAUCCACACCGGCGAGAGGCCCUAUCAGUGCAGUGAGUGUGGGAAGUCCUUCAGCCAGCGCUCGGUCCUCAUCCAGCACCAGAGGAUUCACACUGGGGUGAAGCCCUAUGACUGCACGGCUUGUGGGAAAGCCUUCAGCCAGCGGUCAAAGUUGGUCAAGCACCAGCUGAUUCACACCAGGGAGUGAAAAGAAACCACACGAGGCUCCACCCCGACUCCCCUGGCAAUGUCGCAGCCUCUCCCAUCCCGAGACUUGAGCUGGGCUCUCUCAUUCCCUCCACUCCACAGCCACUGUCCACAGAGGCCAUUGUCCACAAACCGGAGACCCUCCUGUGAGACAGGCUCCCUCCCCUGAUUGCCCUGCCAUUGCUCCUGCUUCAUGUGACCUCAUUUCUUUUUGGUUUGUUUUUCCAGUUUGUUAUCAGACUGCCAUAUUUGUUAGAAGGGAAAAGAUUAUAGAGGCUGCAUACUUAUGAAGAGAGUUUAUUACCGUAAUGGAACAUAACCAAGGAAGUAAACUGACAUUUGGUUUGAGAUGUUAACCACUGUACUUCUUUAGUUUGGUCACCAGUCAUAACUGAGUUCUCUGUCAGUGGCUGUAGUUGGCAUUCUGUUUACAUAAAGUCAGGUCAAGAGUG